AUGUGCGCUGCAACUUGCUCUAGGGAUGCCAAUCAAGCGGGCUCAUGGAUUUGCUGUAACAUCAUUCGUCCACUGAUCCUGAUGGUGCGAUCCCAAACUUCUGACUGUUUGAGGAUGUCAAGGUUUUGUGUCAAGGCUGUUCCAAAGAUCCUUCACUUUUUGUGGUUUUGCAGUGCCAUCCCGGAGCACAUCGUGAAACGCAUUGUGAGCUUUGCAGAAAUGAAUCCAACCUACAAGGUCAUGAUUCUGGUUGAUGUUGCUCCGAACCAGCGGGAGGUGGACUUGAUGAAUUCACCACAGGUGGUCAACCGUCCUGGUGGAGGUAUCGUUGUGCACUACUUGCAUUCAUAUGAGAAUGACUUCCGCACCAUGGACAUAUUGAAGUGGAUGGACAACAUCAGUCACAACCCUGUCCACAAGCACAAAUGUGCUGGUAUGUCCGACGUUGCUCGUUUGGAGACGCUCUACAGGUAUGGAGGUAUCUACAUGGAUACCGAUUUCGUUCCUGACCGUCCCUUUGCCGACUAUGGUGACACCUUCAGAUGGCCUUUCGUUACCCACAAGGUGUGUGGCAUCAACAUCAUCAACUCCAUUCUGUCCUUCGACAAGAAGUCGGGCUUCUUGGAUUUUGCAUUGGAGGCCUACAAGGAGAACUGCCUGAAAUUCAGGAACUGCAUGCCAGAGGGUGGAGCUGGCCCUCCUUUCCUUGCAAUGGCGAUUUUGCGUUACAACAGCUCGGACAUUGCGCUGAUUGGGCAGCAGUUCUUCCACGACUCGAGACAUCAAGUCGUGUCUCACCUCACAGAAAAUUCGUGGGGGCAACGCUAA